AAUACUCACCAUAAACGGGGUCCACAAAAUAGCACACAGAAAAGUCGCUUUCUCAGUUCACUUGUGUAUCUCCUCUGCUUUCCCUCCCUCUCAGCCGGAUCGGCCGGCCAUUGUUUCUCUUAUGCACAUCAACCGGAGAUCGGACACACUCUCUCUCUCCCCCACGCUGAAUACCUAAAAAUGUUAGAGGAACUUGGGAAACAAUUUCAUUUUUGGAGUGGUUAUGGAGCGGAAGCAUAGUGUUAUGGGUUAUCCUUUUUUGGAUAUAAAGGUGGAAAAAAUGGAGGCUACAAAAGCAAAACUGAAUAGCUGAAGGAAGCACAAACAAUUUUUAAUAUCAAGAUGCUUCUACCCCACAAAUCUGUACCUGACUCAGUCACUCAUUCAAGAUUCAACACCAAACAUGCAUGUGCUCCUAUAACACAACUUUGCAGGCACUCCUCCUCCCACACCUUAACACUUAAUAAGCCUACUCUUAUCACACUCUCCAAUCCCUCCAACUGCCAUUUAAACCUCAUUACUAGGUGCAGACACCGUGACACCUUAGCCGUUCCCAUCACUUCAGAUGAUAAUGAUGAUUGUAACUUAAACGAAUCUCAGAAGCCUCAACUAGUCCGAGAAGAAACUCAAGAAAAGAGUUUCUGGGGUGCUGUUAGUUUGAUCAUUGGAACAGCUGUAGGGCCAGGAAUGCUCGGCUUACCUGCUGCAACAAUGAAAUCCGGCCCACUUCCAUCAGUGAUUGCCAUCCUUGUCUCUUGGAUUUAUGUUAUCUCCUCAAUCAUACUUGUUGCAGAGCUCAGCUUUGCAGCCAUGGAAGAAGAUGAUGUUUCUGAAGUGAGCUUCACUGGCCUCGCAACAAAGGCAGUGGGAAGUCAUGUCGGUGCUUUCGUUGCUAUAGUCUAUGCUUCCCUGAGUUUUUCUUUGUUGGUGGCUUGUGUCGCAGGGAUCGGUUCUAUAGUCUCUCAGUUGUUUCCAUGGGUAAAUCCUUUAAUAGCUCAUGCCUUGUUGCCUUCUGUUGUUGGAAUUAUACUGUGGUUCUUUCCGUUUAAGAUCAUUGAUGCUGCCAACAGGUUUCUGUGCUUCAUCAUGCUUUUCUCGAUCACGGCACUAGUUGUUAUCGGUUUGUCUGUUGCAAGAAGCAACUUACUAUAUUCCUUUACCCACGCUGCGUGGGAUCUUUCCUCAAUCUUGCCUGCCAUACCUGUUACUGUACUCACUUUGGGGUUCCAUGUGAUCACCCCUUUUAUUUGUAGGAUUGCUGGGAACACUGUAGAUGAGGCUCGGAAAGCAAUACUGUUUGGUGGGUUUGUUCCAUUAGUUAUGGUUUUAUCUUGGAAUUUGAUUGUUUUGGGGCUUGCUGGGACUGAAUCAGCCUCACCCUCUAAAGAUCCUAUCUCCCUCUUGCUUUCUGUUAAUUCCUUAGCUUUACCAGCUGUUCAAGGUUUUGCAUUUUCAGCUUUGGCAACUAGCUUGAUUGGCUACGCUGUUAGCUUCCCAAAACAGGUUUUAGAUACCUUGGAACUAAUCUUUGGAAUAUCCGACCAGAAGGUUGGAGUGGGAAAAGUUGGAUGUCUUGGUUAUUCAGGUGUACAUGAUCUUGGAAAAGUGGGGAAGGUUUCAUAUACUAAAUCCAUAUGUACUGCUGCCUUGGAAGUUAAGUUGGUAUCUGCUUCUCAUAGAAUUGUGAUGCCACUUGUACUUGGUGUUGCGGUCCUUAUAGCAUCUUUUUGUCGCUCAACUUUCUCAAGAGCUCUUGACUUUGCUGGAACGUAUGCAAACUGCUUUCUGUUUGGCAUCCUUCCUCCGAUAAUGGCAUACAUUUAUCAGUUCAGAAAGAAACAGAGGUCAUCCAUCUUGCCAGGGGGAGAGGUUACACUUCUUGUUCUAUUCGUUGUCGCUGUCAUAUUAUUUAUUUGGCAUUAAAUAGCUGGCAGCAAGAUCCAGCAGAAAUAUAUUUUUCAUUUCUGGACAAGGGUCGCAUCCAUGUAUCUUUUCCAUUUUUUAAGGUAAUUAGUGAAUGAAUCGAUUCAUUUUCUACUCAUACUUUGAUUUCAGGUGACUGAUUUUUUUUUUCUUCUGAAAUUAAAGGAGUGAUGUUUCUAACCUUAAACAUGUUUAUGAUUAUUCUUGAACCCUCACGAGGAAUUUGCUUUUAUGAUGUUUGAGGCUUAGUGCAGUGGAAUAUGUGUAAUUUAUUUUCUUUCUCGUAUCUGAUUGCAAUCAGUUGUGAGAUAAGAUAGUAGAAAGUUACAAAUGAAGCAGUGUGGAAAAGUUGUUUGGAGUUGCAAAUGCACAACUGACUUGACGCAGAGGGAGUUUUCGGCACAACUCACACUGCACAAGCAAUUAUUAUAAUGGUAUCCGUGCGGCAAGAGGAAAUCGGUUAAGUUCACCCUGGACUUGUUACGGUUACAAGGAUACAUGAAUGUAUUUGUAUGAUGAGAGUACUAUGUAAAGGAGACGAAUGAUUUUUUAUAUAAUUUGUUUCUUCUUGAA